AGCUGGGGAAUUCUUCUUUUCGAAGAUUAGUACAUUGUUGUAUGGGAGCUUCAAGACUAUAAGUUUAUAAUAAGUAAUGCCUUAAUGCAAUGGCCGACAGGCGAAAAUUAAACGCUGAAAUUGACAGAUGCCUUAAGAAAGUUUCUGAAGGCAUUGAAGAAUUUGAAUCGACUUGGGACAAAGUCAUUACCGCGACUAAUGCCAACCAGAAGGAAAAAUAUGAAUCAGAUUUGAAGAAAGAAAUCAAAAAGCUCCAGAGACUUCGAGAUCAAAUAAAGUCUUGGCUUUCUUCAGCGGUUAAAGAAAAAAGUCAGUCUUUACUUGAAACCCGAAGAUUAAUUGAAGUGCAAAUGGAGAGAUUUAAAGUUAUUGAAAGAGAAACAAAAACGAAAGCGUUUUCCAAAGAGGGGCUUGUAGCAGCUGCCAAAGUGGAUCCGAACGAGAAGGCUAAAAUGAAGGCGUCCCAGUGGAUCAAUUCUUGCACAGAACGGCUAAAUAUACAAGUUGACGCCUUUGAGGCUGAAAUUGAGAAACUUCUUCAUUAUACCAAGAAAAAAAAAGGAUCCAAAUCUGAUAGAAUCGAUAGGCUGCAAGACAGCAUCAAGUCUCAUAAAGAUCACGAGAAAAAGUUGGAGAUUCUUUUGAGAUAUCUCAUGAACGAAAGGUUUACCCCCGAAAAGGUGAUGAGCAUCAAAGAAGACCUGGAGCAUUAUCUCGAAGAGAAUCAGGAGGAGGAUUUCUGUAAGAACGAGUGUAUUUACGAUGGUUUAGAUUUAGACCGGGAAGACGAGGAGAGUCAAGAGUACAACGAACAAAAGAAUACUCACGAAGGCGAAGUUUCCGACUCUGCGGGUGCACUCGCCCUAUCCGUAGAAAAGCUCUCUGUUUCUCACGAUGGGCUCUUUGACGCCCCCUCGGACGUUUCGAAAGCCGAAGAACAGACUUCCUGCGUUAAGGAAAACGUCGAAUGGCCUGACGGGCUCCCCGCGCUUACAGAGUCCUCCUCGCAACCAACCCGCAUGGAGUUUUCUUCUAUUGGCUCCGGGGAACAGUCCCCGACGCUUCCAACUCACGUGCAUGUAGACCCGCUCGCAUCUUCUUCCUACCCGCCUCUACAGCAGCAGCGACCUCCAAAGAUUGCUCAUCCUCCGCAGCAGACCCACAUACAGCAAAGCCAGAAGCCACCCACCACGCCCGCCACUCUGAAACACACGCAGUCCCCUGGGAAGACCCAUCCUCCACUGGAGGCCUCGCAAGAGCAGCAGCAGGUUCGAACCUCCCUCCAUCUCACCUCCCCUGACACCUCGUUGCGCGCCCAUCCUCGACCAUCCCACGUGAGAACCAAUUCGCAGCCUCAUAUGCGACAACUGUUAAUGCAGCCGCGUUCUCAGCCGUACUCUAAACUGAGCACGUCGGUCCAGUCGCCACUCUUCCCCCAAACUCUUCGCCCGGUUUACCAGCAGGGCUUUUUCAUGCCGGUGGGACUUCCAGCGGCAGAACAGAAGCAGGAUCAAGCGCCUCUCCUGUAUAAGCAGCUGCAAGGAUCUGCUUACCAAUGGAAACCUCCGUUGUCGCCGGCAGAGCAGAGAGCCAUGUUAGCUCUGCAACUCAGUUACUCGAACAUGCCGGACCGCGCAGACUCUGACAGGAUAAGGCAAUACGUACCCCGAACGCCCUGUCCAGUCCCCUCAUACUACCCAAAACAACCCGAUCCUCAGUUACUAAAUCCGUCUAUUUUCGAAAAGAUGGGAGUUGAAACGUUAUUUUUUAUUUUCUACUACCAACCAGGAACUUAUCAACAAUACUUAGCCGCUCGUGAACUCAAAAAGCAGGCUUGGCGGUUUCAUAAAAAGUAUUUAACCUGGUUUCAAAGAUCUGGCGAUCUCCCUCGCGAAAUUACUGAGGAGUACGAAAAGGGUUCAUAUAUGUAUUUCGACUUUGAAAAUGACUGGUGCCAAAGAGAGCGGACAGGCUUCGUUUUUGAGUAUAAAUACCUUGAAGACCAGAACUUGCCUUGAACCGCUCUAAGACUCCUAUUUUUUU